AUGGGCUACCACAAGAACGAGAAGGACGUGCGCGACGUCGACUCUGCCGAGGACAACGACUACGAUGUCGAGGUGCUGGGCUCGAAGCGCGGUGUCGUCACCGACGAGGUGUUUGGAGCCAUCACCGACAACGGGCCCAACUACCGCUCGGUCGGAUGGCUCGGCACCGCCGUGCUCAUGAUGAAGACGCAGAUGGGUCUGGGUGUGCUUUCUAUGCCCGCCGUCUUUGACACGCUCGGGAUGAUUCCCGGUGUCCUCUGCCUCAUCGCUAUCGCCGCCAUCACUACCUGGUCCGACUACAUUGUCGGCAGGUGGAAGCUCGCCCACCCGGACACGUACGAUAUUGCCGACGUCAUGAUGCGUAUCUUUGGCCGCUUCGGCUACGAGGUCAUGAACGUUGCAUACACUCUCUUUUGGAUCGCCGUGAGCGGCUCGGCCAUGCUUGGUCUUUCGACGGCUCUUAACGCCGUUAGCUCGCACGGCGCGUGCACUGCCGUCUUUGUGGCUGUCGCUGCCAUCAUCGCAAUGGGUCUGGCAUCCAUCCGCACUCUCGGCAGGAUCUCUUGGCUCGCAUGGAUCGGCGUCACCUCGAUCGUCGUCUCCAUCCUCGUCCUUACCGUCUCCGUCGGCGUCCAGGACCGCCCCUCGGCUGCGCCCAAGGAGGGCCUCUGGGAGCCCGAGAUCAAGCUCUUCGGUAACCCCAGCUUCACGUCGGCCAUCUCUGCUAUUGGUACCCUCGUGUUCUCGUACGCCGGUACUCCGGCGUUCUUCUCCAUUGUUUCCGAGAUGCGCGACCCCCGUCACUACACUCGUUCCCUUGUUACCUGCCAGACUAUCAUUACUUGCGUGUAUCUCGCCAUCGGUAUUGUCGUCUACUACUUCUGCGGCGCAUUCGUCGCCUCGCCCGCCCUCGGCUCGGCAGGCACCCUCAUGAAGAAGGUAUGCUACGGCCUCGCCAUCCCCGGCCUCGUGUCGACCGUUUGCCUCGUCACCCACCUCCCCGCCAAGCAGAUCUUUGUCCGCAUCCUCCGCGGCUCUGACCACCUCACCUCAAACAGCAUCGUCCACUGGGCCACCUGGAUCGGCUGCGUCGCCGCAUGCACCAUCAUCGCAUACAUCAUCGCCUCGGCUGUCCCCGUCUUCGGCGGCCUCGUCUCCCUCGUCGGCGCCCUCCUCGGCACACUCAUGUGCUUCCAGCCAAUGGGCUUCAUGUGGCUCUACCUCCACCGCGAGGACGAGCGCACCACCAAGUGGUACCUCGGCGUUGCGUGGAGCACUUUUGUCAUUGUCGCUGGUAUGUUCCUCAUGGUGUCGGGCACCUACGGUUCGAUCGUCGACAUCAAGGACUCGUACGCCAAGUACGGCGGCACUGCCGCCUGGACUUGCGCCGACAACUCGGGCUCGGUCUAA